AUGUCGUGGAACCUUCAAAUAGAAACAUAUCAAGUCUGUUACGAGGAGUCAUCGAGGCCGAGACUUAUAGACCACCGCACCCUGACAGACCACCGACGACCCGGUCGCAAAGGAGCAGACACGACUUUUAUCGUCGUUCUGCCGAGUAGCGUGAUCCUUCAAAAGCGAGCCCACGAGCCGGCUAGCCUGCGCUUCGGAGUCGUUCACAUCCUCGACAGCCAGUCAAUCAGUCGACUUGGCUCGUGCAAACAGUCUGCCGAGCCAAGACUGUGCCUCCUCCGAUCAGACCCGCUCACCGGCAAGAGGUCUGAUCAGACAGUGCCUCCUUUGCCCUCAGUAGUCCCGAGACGAGACAGAGACAGAGCUCUGCCUGAGCACCUCAUCAUCAGAAAAGCUAUCGAGUGCAUAGUCUGCUUGCUCAAGGAAGAAAGACCGUCAAAGGCAAGAGCUCAGUCGACGCGCGCGCCUUGA